AUGUUCGGGGCCGCCAUGCGGUGGAGGACCGCGAAUGAUUCCUUUGAGCGCUUUGGCGGCUUGAGCUGGGGAUACUACAAGAACGCAUACACCAUCGUCCCCGAACUCCUCCUUCAGGGGACAAACGUGUUGGCCUGUGAGGCCUUGCUGGCUAUAGCAACGUUCUCGUUGCAGACGGCCGAUGCGCGCACGACAGCUCAGCUGGCUUCUGCGGCGGCCCGAACCGCGCAGAUCAUUGGGUUGCACAAGAGGGAAACCUAUGCCAACCUCGAUGCCGUCGAGUCGGCGCGGCGUAAGCGGGUGUUUUGGGCAACACAUAUACUCAACACCGAUAUGAUGGCAAAGGUUCUUCUCGGCUAUCCUAUCAUGGCCAGCUUGAUACUCUUGUGGUCGGCACUCGAGGAGCCCGCAGGAUCAGAGGCUCAUCUCAAUGUCAGGGUCAUAGGCCAAUUUAUCCAAUUCUUGGCAGGAUUGAAGGAAGAAGGAUGUGAUUUGAACAACGUGCUGGACGGCUGUUCCAAGAUGUACAAGAUUGCCAAAUACGUCGUCCAUACGCAGAGAGCCAUGAGAGUGACGGCACCCUUGGAGGAAGACAAUGAUGUCAAGGAACAACUUGAGGCAAGAGAAAUUUUUGCGGAUGUCCUUGGCAUGGAGCAGGCACAUCCUGACUACGGGCCGUUUGCCCCUGAGCUGCUGAUGCCACACAAACACAAUGUCUUUUUCAGUUCUUGA